GGUAAAGCACUCGCUGUAGACUGGAGAUCAGCAAGGACGUCCUGCCUCGGUGACGCCUGUCACUUUAAUUCCCUCUUUCAUACUUGGCCGCCUUCACUUUUACCAGUAACCCCGAGGGAAACUUUUUUUUUUUACCCCCAUCCGAAGACUAUGGCUGAGGAUAAAACAUUCCGCUAUGGGAUCAUUGUCCUGGGAUUUUUCUUGAUUAUGAUUGGCAUGUUCAUUAUGAGUGUGGAUAAACCCCAGAUAUACAUCACAUUCUGCUGUAUAGGGGUGUUACUGGUGUUUAUAGGGAUCACCUGGAGCAUCUGUCAGUGCUACCCCAAGAUCACAUUUGUCCCUGUGGAUAUGGAAACUGUCCCAUUCUCAGAGAAGUCUCCAGCGUUUUCUAAUACUGAAAUCCCUCAGAAGCAGUGGUCAACCACAUGUUACACAAGCAGUAAAGAUGCUGAGAGAUACGAAGCCACUCUACCAUCCUAUGAACAGAUUGAGAUCAAAGUGGAGGAGCUCGGAGAAGACAACUUAGUCCAAUCGGUUCCUCCUUUACUGCAGUCAGUGAUGAGGGAUUCACAGGCCAAAGUUCAAGCCAAGGUAGAGAUACAUAGGAAUACAGUCUGCAAGGAGGAGCAUGCGAUCUCUGAAGCCAACUGCCAGUCUGCACCCCUUGCCUCUCUUAAAGAAGACACCAACCUGACAGCCUCUGAAGAUGGUAGAAGCAGUACUUCAUCUCUUCCCAGCAGUGACGACUGGCAGAUAGGCAAGACAACGGCUCAGUUACAAAGUCCCAUCUUUGGAGAAGGAAUCGAUCUAAUAGAUGUUCCUGUAUCUGAGGGAACCAAAGUCACAUUGUCCUAUGAGACGGUCCAUCCAGAGCUAAAACAUGAAAGCUAUCAACGUCCCCACCAGGGUGAUAAUUAUGGUGGGAAGGAUGAACCUGGCAAUGUCUCAUUCACUCCAGGUCCUAGCCAAGACUCUGAGACUGAUGAUCUGUAUUAUGGAAUGAAGGAUGAGACGGAGAAUUUAAUGCCAGGGGAUGAAUCAGAUUUUGAACAUUGAUCACCAAGUGGCGAUCUCAGUGGUCACCUAGAUAAUUUCAUUUUCUAAAGAUAUGCUCCCAAAAGAAUAUAUGGCAGUAUUUAUGGAGCAGAAAUAUUUAUUGGAUCCACUGUAAUUUCUUUACAUAUGAGUAAAUUUAGGCGCAUGCAGGGGGUGGGGGCGGACAAGCUAUGAGCCUCGGCAAGUUCACACGAGCGAGUUUUCUGUCCAAAUGCGAUGUGUGUAGUGAAUGCUUAGCAUCGGACAGAAUUCUGAAUUCAUUUUUCACGCAUCAUCUCUGCGUUCAGGAAAAAUCGCAGCAUGUUCUACAUUGUGCAUUUUUCACGCAGCUCUAGCUCUAUAGAAGUGAAUGGGGCUUGUGUGAAAAACGGAAAGCGUCCGGAUUCAAUGCAUUUUUUACGGAUAGCUGCUAGGAGAUGUAGAUUGUUAUUCUUCAUUUUUUCUCUAUGCAGGGGAAAAACGCAUCUAAGGGCUCAUGCACACGUCUGUAUUUUUUUUCUGUGUCUGUUCCGUUUUGUUUGCCGCCCAUAUGCUGAUCCAUUCACUUCAAUGGGUCCCCCCCCAAAAACGGAAAUGACUCUG